AUGGCCGACGGCGACCGCACGCCCAAGCGGCGGCAAGUCGAGACCAACUACCUCGACGUGCACCGCGAGAAGUCGCUCCACCGGCUCGAGAGCUUCCACGCGGCGGCCCGCGGCCCCUUUGAGCUGCUCCAGUGCAAGUUUGGCUUCCAGGCCAGCAGCGUCGCGAACCAGAAGGAGAAUCUCGGGUGCUGGAUCUCCAACUACCAGAUGCGCGUGCGGGCCGAAGCGCUGUUUCCCGCCUCGGGCACGGGGGAGAUGGAGAGCGCUUCGGGCGCUGCCGUGACGCACACGGCGCUCGUGCGCGUGCACGCCAAGUUUUUCAAGAAUUACUUUGCUUGGUGCCGCUUUUUGCGCGUCGAGCCGCGUGCAGCGGCGACACUGUCGACGCACUCGACGGGUGCGCCGACGACGGCGACGCUCGAGACGCAGUUGGCGCUGUUUCUGCUGCUGUGGGGCGAAGCGGGCAACUUGCGGUUCAUGCCCGAGUGCAUUUGCUUUUUGUACCACCAAAUGGCCGCGAAACUCGCGCUGGUCGAGACGCUGCCAGACGUGGACGACGGAUUUUACCUCGAGGCGGUCGUGCGGCCGAUGUACCACGUGAUUGCGACCAUGCGGUCCGCUACGGCCGCCGACGCGGCGCGCCGGCCGCUGGACCACGAAGACACGACGAACUACGACGAUGUGAAUGAGUUUUUCUGGACGAAACAGUGCCUCAAGUGCAACGAGACGAACGUCGCGCAGCUCUUGAGCGUGCACGACCCCAAGACGUUCAAGGAGAAGCGCAGCGUGUUUAACCCCGUGCUCGCGUUCUUCCGCGUCUGGUACUUUCUGUUUGUGGCGUUCCAUGUGAUGGUCGUGAUCACGUACGUGGCGUACAUGGCCGAAGGCAACGACGACGGCGGACUGGGCUUUUUCUUCCGUGUCUUUCACACGAGUCAAAAUGCCAUUCGCGCCCAUGCGGUCUACACGCUGUUGAUCACCAUCACUGGACUGUUGGCGAUGAAAGCCGUGAUGCAGAUUUGGCUUUUUGGCUUGAGGCUCUACAAGGACAUGUGGCUGGCCAUUGGCGUCUUUAGUCGACUGCUCUGGCACACGCUCUUCCUUGGACUGUUUAUUGCUGUUCACGUGUCGCCGGACGAGCAAGCGCUGUUUGGAUCUUUGAGUAGCAUGUUGCCAGGUGGAGGCACUGCAGGGUCGUUCUUGUCGAUGGGACUGGUGUACAUGGUGAUCUACUGCAUCCCGGUGCUGGCGGCUGCGACAAUACGCGCAUUCUUGCCGAACGCGAUUUGGGGCAUCCGUCUGGUAAACGCUCUUGACGGUACGAGUCGGCAGUAUGUCGGGCGCAACACGGCUCAGCAAUGGAAACACUACUGGAGGUACUCGUUGUCGUGGUAUAUCAUUUUCAGCUGCAAGUUCCUGUUCGCUCUGCAAUUUAUGAUCCGCCCACUGAUGGCCCCGUCGGUCGAGAUUCAUGACAUCUCGAUCGACGAUGGUGGCAUACUCCAGUCGGGCCACAACAUCAUGUUCAUCCUCGCGCUUUGGGCACCCGUCGUCGUUGUGUACAUGUACGACACGCAGAUCUGGUUCAUCCUGUAUCAGUCUAUCGUCGGUCUGGUCAUGGGCAAGCGCAUGCGCAUUGGCCAUUACGUCGGUUUGGCUCAACUGAAGACGGGAAUGGCUACGGCGCCGAAGCUGUUUAACGACAAGGUGGUAUCACUCGAGACGAAGCGGCCGAAUCCAGAUGCGUUCGCACCCGGUCCUAGCAGUGAUCCCAGCGAGUUGCGUCACCACGAUUUCGUGCGCCUUCGCUUCGCAAUCAUUUGGAACCAAGUCGUCGAUAACUUUCGUCUGAAUGACCUGCUGGACGACCGUGAAACGGUCAUUCUCCAGUACCGCAUUCUGAACAAAGGAGAGCGUAUCCAGGAACCGAUAUUUUUGCUGGCCGGAAAGUUGUCAAAAGCCGUCGAAGUCGCGGCAAAAGCACGAUCCCACAAGUGGGACACCGCGACCCUUGUCAAGAACAUCGCUACUGCAGAUGCACUGGAAGCGACGAAGAAUGGGGUGGAGCUCCUCCGCGACAUCUUCUACUUAUUGCUUGGUGAGGAGGAAGAAAAGGGUGCUUUGAGCGUACUGGAGUACAUCUAUUCGUCGCCAGAUAUCGUCAGUCUGCUCAAUUUGACCUACUUGCCCCAGCUGGCUGCAAACAUGGUAGAGCUCCUCGCUGUGGUUUUGGAUAUGCCCGAGGACAUUGCAUCGAUUGACUCGCUGGAGACUGUUCCGGAGGAUUUGCGCAUGGAGCUGCACGUGCAAGUUGCUCAGGUCGUUGAUCGUCUGCGUUCCAUCGUCUUGACGCUAGAGCUUAUGUUGAAUGACGACACGAUAUCGCGCAAGCUGCACAACUGCCGUUUCUUGCAAACCACAGCAAACCUCGAAUUCCAAACCCAGCAGCUCAUCAAUCUCUACAAAGCUGAUGUUAUGGCUGAGACAGGCCUGAUCGCUGUCCACCGUAACGAAGAGUUUGUCGCAAAACAAGCGCCUCGCUUUCUUGCUGAGGACUUUAUCUCCAGCUGCACGCGCCUGUUCUUCUUGCUUUGCUUGGACGCGUCAAGCUCGCUUCCCCGUUGUGAAGACGCAAAGCGUCGUAUGGGUUUUUUUCUGCACUCGCUGUCAAUGGAUAUGCCGCGUGUGGCCUCGAUGGAGGCGAUGCCGUCGUUUUCUGUGAUGACUCCUUACUACUCGGAGACUGUUCUUUUCACGCUUGAUGAGCUGAAUAACCCAGUCCAUGCAAACCCGUUGUUCGCCGAGCUCGAGAAAAAGCAAAAAGCAAAAGGUUGGACGGAGUUGACGAUCAUGAAGUAUCUGAUCACGUUUCACGCCGAAGAGUGGAGCAAUUUUCUGGAAAGAAUGGGUGCUGCAUCCUUGGAAGAGGUGCUUAAAAUUGACUCAACAGAGGUGCGACUGUGGGCAUCAAUGCGUGGCCAGACGCUUGCUCGAACGGUCCACGGCAUGAUGCUGUACGAAGAUGCGAUUCGCCUGUUGCGCUGGUUGGAAGUGUAUUCUAUCCAGGACAUGACCAUCCAGGAAAAGCUGGAGGAGAUGAAUCGCAUAUCAGCGCUGAAGUUCUCGUACAUCACGGGAUGUCAGAUUUACUCCAAGCAGGUCGCAAGUGGCGAUCCUCGCGCGGCCGAUAUUGACUACCUGAUGAAGAAGUUUCCGAGCUGGCGCGUCAGUUUCGUGGAUACUAUAACGGAGAAAAGGGGCGACGAGGAGAUCAACCGGUUUGAUUGCGUACUCGUCAAGGCAGAAGACGGCGAAAUUGUCGAAGUCUACCGCUAUGAGCUGCCUGGUAAUCCGAUUCUUGGUGAGGGCAAGCCUGAAAACCAGAACGUGGCAUUGCCGUUUACGCGCGGCGAGUACCUGCAGACCAUUGAUAUGAACCAGGAGCAUUACUUGGAAGAGUGUCUCAAGAUGCCGAAUUUCUUGGCAACAGCGACAAGUACUGGCGAGGAGGUGACCGUUAUCGGAAUGAAGGAGCACGUAUUCACUGGCCGCGCUUCAUCCCUUGCACGUUUCAUGACGCUACAGGAGCUGGUGUUUGUGACGCUGACGCAGCGAGUGUUGGCCAAGCCGCUACGCUCGCGUAUGCACUACGGUCACCCCGACGUUUUCGAGAAGUCUUUCGUCGUCACGAGCGGUGGCGUGUCCAAGGCUAGUAAGGGUAUCAACUUGUCUGAAGACGUGUUCAGUGGUUACAAUGUCACCCUUCGCGGGGGACUGGUCUCGCACAUUGAGUUCAUGCAAUGUGGGAAGGGGCGAGAUGUGACGCUGAGUCAGAUCAAUGCUUUCGAAGCCAAGCUUUCCAACGGUUGCGCUGAAAGUUGUCUGAGUCGUGAAGGUCAUCGGCUGACGAAUUCGCUGGAUUUCCCGCGCUUGAACUCUAUGUUUUAUGGUCACUUCGGUUUCUACAUCUGUAAUGCCCUUACGGUAUUCUGCGUCUACGUGUACGCGUACUGCAAGUUGUAUGUUGCAACGCACUCUGAGGUAGAGCAAGCGGCUGUGAUGAAGACUGGCAGCCUCGACUCGCUUGCUGGUGUCAUGACUACGCAGUAUCUGCUUCAGUUUGGCAUGCUGACCACACUACCUCUAUUUGCGACGCUGUUCGUUGAGUUUGGAUUCAAGCAAGCAUGUUUGAAAGUGAUUGAGCUCAUCUCGACUCUCGGCAUUGUGUUCUACGUGUUCCUGACGGGCACGAAGGCACACUUUUACGAUGUAGCACUCAUCCGCGGAGGUUCUAAAUACCGAGGUACUGGCCGUGGCUUUUCGAUUACGCGCGACCCGAUGGUGAACUUUUUCAAGGAGUACGGCGUUUCACACUUUCGCAAGGCUGUGGAGUUGGUUGGUGUAAUGAUUUUGUUCGGUAUCUACGGCUCUUUUGACAUCGGUUCUGAUGCGCUCGAGGAUUAUUGCGCAACCGCAGACUUUGACUGUAACAAAACUCCGGAUCAGAUACCUGCGAACGUCACGUCGCUAGCGGCUUUCAGCAAUCAGUCGCAAAGCUACGGCAUUGCGUCGUUCGCUGUGCUCUUUCUCGGUGCGUGCUGGUUGAUGGCUCCCUUCGUGUUUAACACGGAUGGUCUGGUUCUCCAGAAAUCCAAGGUUGACAUUUCGAAUUGGCUAUCAUGGAUGAUGCGUUCUGACGACAAGGACAAUGUAGACGGUGAGGAAACCGAUAAGGAUACAAGCACGUCUUCGUUGCGAUCGAAAGAUGGCUGGGAGGACUGGUGGAAAUCUGAUGUCGAUUUGAUGCUGCCACUAGGCCCGAUGGGCCGUCUGACAUACUGCAUACGCGAAGUCCGCCAUCCGUUGGCAAUGUAUUAUGUCUUCUUGACCGAGUUUGAGCUCGUGUGGUUUGCUCUGUUGUUCGGUGCGAUGGGCGUAACGUGGAUGUUGCUGUGGUUUUUUGGCAACCGAGUGCGCCACUGCAUGUCGAAAACCCGCCAACUGAAUUCACUCAGUAUUCAAGGCAUUUUAUACUUACUGUGUGUGAUCGGAGGCAUACUAUUGGUUCCGCUGAUAUUCGGCUCGGUUGGCGGCUGGUCCGUGCAGAAGUGCUUCACCUUUUCGAUCGCAAUGUUCUUGGGCUUUAACGCGAUUGUGCAGUACGCCCUUGCGUUCAACGGCGCGUUCAGGAUGGAAGUGGCACUAUGGAGACCAGUGAUGGCACUAGGCUUUUUGAUGGACAUGAUUGUGGGUAUGUUUCUUAUCAUCCCGCUUUUCUUGAUGUCUCUGUUGCCAUUUAUGCGCAUUCUCCAGACGCGUGCGAUGUACAACGGAGGCUUUUCGCGUGCACUGAGCUCCGGAUCGGAGGUGGCCGCUUCGCUGUGCAUCUUGCUUGGCUUGCUGGGCGGCUUCAUUCACGGCUUCAUGACGUCGUUCUUGUAUACGCUUGGAUACAUCAACGACCCAAGCGACAACUUCAUGAACCGAUCAUUUUAUCACUUCGCGAUUUCGAGACUGCCAAACAAAGGACAUGAUAUGAUGAGCUACAUGGAAAACGGCUACCUGAAGGUUAUCUGCGCAGCCAUAAGCAUUGCUGCUAUCUUAUUGUCUCUGCUUCUCGGUCGCGUUCUCGGUCGACGCGUGAACAUGGCAAUUGGUGGAAGCCUGAUGUUCAUUUCGCUUGGUCUGAAUUUUGUCUCGAGCACGUCCGUUCUCGUUGUCUCGUUUGCGUUGGCUGCGAUGGGCUCAGCCAUGGUGGCGAUGAACUACUUGCUGUACAGCUACGAAAUUUGCACGAAGGGCUGGCGGGGCAAGAGUGUUACCAUCUUCUUGAUGGGUUCCAUGCUUGGGUGGCUGGUGCACUCGUUGCUUAUGGCAAAUACGAACGCAACGACAAUAAGAGAAGACUACGACAACGACCCCAUCAAUAUGUGGCGUUUCCAGCCUCUAAUUGUACAGCCUGCACUGAUCAUUGGCUUUUUUGUGAUCCUGUGGUUUGUGCCUGAAAGUCCGGUCUGGCUUCUUGCACACAAGAAAGACGAAUUGGCUCGUGUGGUGCUCAUUCGACUGCGUCGACGUCAGAAUGUGAAUCCGGAGCUGGUCCUCAUCCAAGCAGAACUGGCCCAAAAGACGAGGGAAAACCACCUCCUGUUCCGGCUAGCAAUCGUGUUCGUGCUGCAAGCGUUGUUUGGUUUGAUCAUUUCCCAGACGAUCUUGGUUCGACGGACGCUCCAGGUGCGUGGCAAAGAUCGUGGCGCUACCAACAGCUAUUGGCAAGUGUACUUUGCGCUGUGUUGCGCGACUGGCUUUGCGUUCGGCAGCUUCUUGAUGGACAAUGUGCGCCGAAAGACGAUAUUGAAAGAGUUUCUGCCGUUCGUGUCGGUGGUGGCCUUCACGUGUGGUAUCAUUGGAGCGGUGUCGAAGACCGACGGUGGGUUUCUGCAGGCGCUGCUAUGCCUGCUGUAUAUUUCAGCGGGCUUGAGCCUCAUGAGCGUGACGUGGUUAUCUGCACUUGAGAUGUUCCCGGCAUCUCGUCGGCCGCUUUUCUGGACGCUGUCUCUGUGCGUAUACUACGCUGUCCAGAUCGCCGUGUACCUGUUGAACCCGUCCUUCUCGUUGUCCUGUUUCGUUCUGGCGGGUGCCUGCGCGAUCCUCACGUUCGUGCUUUUCGCCUUCUGCGCUAGCACGAAAUUGGGCGCCAUUCAAACCAAAGCCGAGAAGAAGUACCAAAGAUCGAUGGGUGAGGAGGUGUUUGAGGAGGAGGCUCGGGUGACGGCCGAUACGGAUGAAUAUGAAGUGGACGAUAUGCAGAAGCAGCAGACGCGUAUUGCGCAAGCGGCAGCCGCCAUGAAUCGCUCAGCGGGUAUGGCAUCGAAUCCGGCAUCGUCGGCCGUGAAUGUGAAACUUGGUCAAUCAGGUGGUGCUAGCCGAGGAGCUGGGCACAGCAGACCGCCCUCGAGGAGCGCGGCGUCGCAUGCUCAGGCAAACGCUACGCAGUUUGGCUUUAGCGGCGUCAAUGUUGAUAAGCCCGGCGACCUAGUCCGUUCCAGUCAAGUUUCUCGCAGUGACCGAGACAACUUCAGCUUUCGGCGUUUGGGGAGCCUUGAGGAGCUGAAUUCCGCCAGAACGGAUCGCUCGUACGAGCAGAGCGCGGGGUUGAGCCGGCAAGGCAGCUCUUUAGCCUCGCACGAGCCGAGCGCGGGAUUGAGCCGGCAAGGCAGCUCUUUAGCCUCGUCCGAGUGGUCCGUGGAUGUUCCACCUGCGAGCGGUCGAGGGCAGCAGUUGACGUCGCACUUGUCGUCCACGUUUGACUUUGAGGCGGAGUUCGAGGCGGAGCACAUCGAAGACAUGCGCCAGGGACAAAUUAGCUACCCGCGCGGUCAACCUCGCUCUAUCUCCUUUCUGCAGUCGCAGCAAUAUCCGGAUGCUGAUUUGCACGCCGAGACUCAGUCCCGUCGACUGUAG